GAAUUGGACGAAGAAGGCCGUUCAACACUUCAUGUGGCGGUAGCCUAUCGUCAGGUGGAGACAGUGCGAUAUCUGGUGGCUCCGGCUCGGAAGAGCUCCACUGCGCCAAACGACUUGCCCACUUUGGUAUCGGACAAUCUGGAUUUGGAUAAAAUCGGAGGUGCCGGAGUAGAUCCAAAUCACAAAACAUCCUAUGGAUCAACUGCGCUGGAAGAGGCGGAAAUACGUCACCUUAAAGAAAUCGUUGACAUCUUGAAGCCCCUAGCAAGCAAGUAG